AUGAAGCUUCGCCAUCGCCGAAGCUUUUUCGCCUCUACGGUCUUGCUCGCAAUCGUCUUCCUCCAUAUCUCCGACAACCCAGAUAGCGUUUCCGCUCAGGAAUCCGAUGGAAGUAGUUGCAUUCUCGACAUCCAACCCCCCGCUGACGAUACCAGCUGCGAUGGUGAUCGCCGGCGUCAGGCCGGCAACUGGGGAGGCUUCAUCGACGGCGGUGAUGAUUGCUGCACACCUGCUUUCGACGACUACUUGUUCGGAUUGGCCCGGUGGGCUUCUCAGUCGGGUCAGGUAUUCUUGAAUUCCACGGACCAGAGCCGCUGCCUGACCGGAACCAGCUGCGGCUUCGACAAGCUCACCCGCGGAGCUAGCGGCUGUUCCAGCUUUACAGUGGCUGAUGUUGCUUACAAGCUGAAACCCCAGCUGGAAUCACUUGAUCAGGGCUGCAAUUUCACCGAGGAUGCUUCCAGUCAGCACUGCAGCAGAUGUUCUGCGAAGUGGGAGGAGAUUCGGGCGUCGUUGGACCAUGGGUCGAGCUCUGAAACUGAGCUAUGCAGGUUUGCAGUUCUGGUCACAUUGACCAGCAACUGGGCUGGUUCGAGAGACCAAGUUCAGCCACUCUAUGGCUGCCUUUCUCAAGAAAUCCUGAUCGUGAGCCUUAGCGUUGGGGGAGUGGCAGCGAUCCUCGUGUUGCUGCUAUGGAUCAUGAGCAGAAGGAAGUCUCAGCAAACACGAUCACCGGCUGAAUCUGGUUCCUUGCGUACUGCACAAAAAAAUCUGAACUUCAAGCAGCCUAACAAUCUCAAGAUAUCAAUAAAGGAGAUUUACUCGGCAACAAAUCAUCUCACUGAAUCGAACUUCAUCGGUCAAGGGAUAGCCGGAAAGGUUUACAAAGGGAAAUUGUCGGAUGGGCAGGCGGUUGCAGUGAAGCACAUAGUGAGUGAUGGCCAUGUAGAGACCUUUGUGAGAGAGGUCACCAGUCUUUCUCAUGUCAAACAUCCUAACCUCGUCGCUUUGACCGGAUGUUGCAAGCAUGAAGAUGAGUACUUCCUGGUUUACGAGCUCUGCGAAAAUGGCAACUUAUCAGAAUGGCUCUACAGUAAGAGACAGCCCACCAACAUUCUUCUUGAUUCCAAUUUCCAAGCAAAGCUGUCGGAUUUCGGGCUUUCCAAGGUUAUGAACUUGGGACAGUCGUUUGUGAGUUCAGAAGUGCGGGGAACGUUUGGUUAUGUGGAUCCCGAGUAUCAGAGGAACCAUCAUGUCAAUGCUAAGGGGGAUGUCUAUAGUUUUGGUAUAGUGUUGAUGCAAAUUCUAUCUGGACAGAAGGUGAUCAACAUGAAUCAUAACACACAUAUGCAGCUCAACAAAAAGGCCUCGUACAUAGCCACAUCAGGGAAUAUCGCAGAAUUUGCUGAUCCUAAACUCAACGGGGAGUAUUCUACUGAAGCGUUUGAGAUUUUAUUCAAGCUGGCCCUGUCAUGCUCAGGUGGUAAGAAGGACAGACCAACAAUGGAGAUGGUGGUGACAAGAUUAGAGAAAGCACUUGACAUCUCUAUGCGAUCGUCGAGCUGAAGAAAGUACUAGACUUCUCAAUGAGAUCGUCAAGAUGACUAAAGGGUGAACAAAUCCAAUCAAGCUGACCAGAAGGCCUUGCUUGUGUAUCAAAUAUGAAAGUCUGUAGUACAUCAUUACACUUCUACAACACUAAGUUACUACAGUAUCAUUUCAUAUACAAGACAGGAAAAGAAUUACAACAGAAUAGAUAUGUAUUUUUGUACAAAGCUUCAUUUUAAAAAUGCAGAAGCCAAGACAAUGUGAUGUUGGUAGCUCUUCAAAAACCCGAGCUAAUGUCAACACAAACAAAGGAGGCAAGCAUCCUCUACACGAUUUCAGUGUAUAUACAGUGGGCAGAUGCUUGCAAAUGAAAUGAAAAGAAUGAAAAAUGUGGAAUACCCAAAUGAUAAAAAUGGCUUUGGGUUUACCACGCAUGAACAAAUCGUUCCCAAGGAAGAACUGUUGCUUUCGAAGUGGAGGAGGUUCUUUCAUAGAAUUCAUGAAGAACCUUAAUGAGAGCACCAGCUUUCUUGCUUGCUCGAGAUGUGCCUUCGCUGAGUUGGGAAUAUAAUGAACCCAUCAGAGAAGGGCUACGAACCAGAUAAGCCACCACAUCUUCACCACCAUUGAUGGAUAUAGCAAGCAACAGGCAGACACAAUGCUCCAUUGUGGCCCUUGGAUUGGCAGCAGCCAAAAUCCGCACAACCUGAGGCAAAGCUCCGCAUCUAAUAAUCGCUUUUGCCCCCUCAGGUUUCUCUGCUAGUGUUGCCAGAACUGCUAAAGAAUCCG